AUGAGAGAGUUGAAUAUAACAUUCGAAGAUUUGAAGAACAAGUCGGACAACAUCAGAAUCCUGAAGGACAAACAGACCAGACUGCAGAUCAAAGUCAGACACAGAAUGGGAAGAGUGAUUUCGGACGAGGAAAGGAAAUUAAUUUCUGAACGAAUGAAGAAAUAUUGGGCUGAGAGAGGACGGAUAAGUUUUGCUUCAAUUUCAGGUUACUGUGUGCCGACACAGAAACCCGAAGGUAAAGUCGCACCUGAAGUGGUCCUGGAAAACUUUUCGAAGCUCUGUAACAAAGGACCCGAAGUUUGGUGCCAAAAUCCUCUGACUGCUAAGCAAUGUGGCGCCGUGGAUCAUUGCAUACAGACCGUCUGGGAGAAACAAUCAUUGGAUGUCGAUUCGAGCCACUAUUGUCAAAGCUGUAUGAACUUUGUUAUCAACACCAAAGAUUUCCUAGCCAAGAAUGCCACUGUUGAUCAGGCCAAGGUUAUCUUUGACACGAUCUGUUUGAUAGCUCCUUCAAUCUUGUCGCCGGAAUGUAAGUAUGUGGUUGACAAAAGCCUUCCGGAGCUGCAGAAGUACAUCGAGACUGUGAGUCCGCACACUUUCUGCGCCACACUCAUGCUCUGCAACAGCCAACGCAACCAAGUCUACUUGAAUUUCAGAGGAAUCGAGACGAAAUCACUUCUGGAAGCUGUUACGACGCCGACCACUGAAAUUUCGACAACCGCUAGCAGUGAAACCUCGGAACCGACGGAUUUGACUUGCGCCAAUUGCCAUUCCUUCUUCACCACCAGCAAAUACAUGUAUGAAGAUUCCAAACCAGAUGAUAACCUCAAUGGAAUGCUCAGGCUUUGUGGCCAACUUAGUUCGUUCUCAGACUUCUGUUCAGCUCUUGUCCAGACGAACUUUAAUUUGAUCAACGAAAGGAUCAAGGCAGCCAAACCUCAGGACUUCUGUCACUACAUUCCCGACUGCAACAAGAGAAUUCAUUUUCAAGUGCCAACUACGGACCUGAUUCAGGCGCAAAAAGACGCGCCCAAGGUGGCCAAUGACGAGACGUGUGACUUCUGUGUGGCCGUGGUGCAACACCUCAGGGACAUUGUCAUCGCCAACACGACCAAGGCCGAAUUCCACAAAGUGCUCAACGGACUCUGCAACCAACUCGGAAACUACAGGCAAGAGUGCUCCGAAAUGGUGGACCAGUACUUCGAGAUCAUCUACAUGUUCUUGACCGAAGAGCUUGAUGGAAAGGAACUGUGCACUGAAAUCAGGAUCUGCCCCAAAAUUUCCAAGGAUCUCCCUGUUAUUGGACGUGAUGAAGCCAAGGCUGUUGAAGUGGCAAAGAACAAGGAUAAGCCUGAACUGCAUAAAGAUGAUUCUACACAUGGACUUCACCUUCUUGGAGCUAACAAGUGCACAUGGGGACCGAACUACUGGUGUUCAAAUUUCAGAACCAGCAAGGAUUGCAAAGUGCCAGUGAAGCUCUGCAUUCCAACCUGGGAGCAGACGAAGCUGGCUGAAGACAACGGCGAAAUUUGCAAAGUUUGUAAGGAUAUGAUUCAACAAGCCAGAGAUCAGCUCAACAGCAAUGAGACACAGGAGGAACUGAAGGAAGUGUUUGAGGGCUCGUGCAAUCUGAUCCCGGUGAAGAUGGCGCGCAAGGAGUGCAUCAAAGUGGUGGAUGAGUUUGUACCGGAGCUGGUGGAGGCGCUGUCCUCGCAGAUGAACCCACAGAUUGUCUGCGCCACCGCCGGACUCUGCAACAACGCCAAGAUGGACCUCCUCUACGAGAAACUCAAGAGGGAAGAAAUGGAAGAGAAGGAGAAGACGAAACUAGUGGAUUUGCCGAUCGAGCGCAUGUUCCCAGUGAUUCCCACGACAGCCGCCUACAACCAGGAGGCCGUGUCACGUGCCAGCGAGGCCUGCGAACUGUGCGAGCUGUUCCUGCACUUCACACAGCAGCAGAUCACUCUGCCAGCCAACGAACAGGAGAUCAAGAAGGUCGUGGACCAGGUGUGUCUCAAGAUGGCCUCAACAGUCGCCAGCCAGUGCUCCAAAUUUGUCGCCGAGUAUGGAGACGCGUUCAUUGCCCUCUUGGCGCAGCGCAUUGAUCCCAGCCAGGUCUGCCCGAAGAUUGGCGCUUGCAUGCAGCUGAUUGACAAUGUAAAGCCAACCUGCCCCAUGUGUAUGCUUGCUGUCAGAUCGUUGGAGGAGACUGUUGCUAACAACAAGACCGAGGAAAGCAUCAAACACGGCCUGGACAACUUGUGCUCGCACCUGGGCGCCGAGAUGCGGAAGGACUGCGAGCGUUUCGUGAACACAUUCACCGAGGACAUCGUGAACGCAGUGAUGGCCGACUUCAACGAGAAGGAGGUGUGCGCCUACCUCAAGAUGUGCAGCGCCGAGGUGAUGUCAACCGAUGUUGUCACCUUCGAUCCCCACGCGACCAACAAGCCUGCAACUGAAACUGUUGCUACCAAAAAGCCUGCAACUGAAACUGUUGCUACCAAAAAGCCUGCAACUGAAACUGUUGCCACCAAGAAGCCGGAAACUGUUGAAAAGACUACACCUGUGAAUAUCGAGACGAACGAAGUACAUGAUGAUGUUACAGUUGGCGACAACAAACAAAAGUGUGUCCUGUGUGAAUUCGUCUUGCAGAGAAUUGACAACGAACUGAAGGAUAAGAAAACUGAGGACGAGAUCAAGCACGCAAUCCACACGGCGUGCAGCCACAUGCCACACACAGUCGUGAAUCAGUGCAACCAGUUCAUCAACCAGUACGCUGACCUGAUCUUCGACCUGCUGGCCGACAGCCUCGAACCCAAGCAGAUCUGCACCAAGAUCGGACUCUGCAAGAACGACACCGUUGUUGAGGAAGUAGUCGAAGUGAAGUCCGAGGAGAUGAAACGUGACGCCAGCUUCGACGAAACAUCGGCGAAGAUCGUGUACUCGUGCCUGGGUGCCGUCGGAGUCAUCGCAGUCAUUGUCCUUGUGGCCACUGGUAUCAAAUCCCGAAACAGCUUCAUCCACAACACCCCCUACAUCCGAGUUACUAAAUAACUUGCGCUCAUGCCUAAAUAACUAGCUCUUUAUUUUCGACUAUAAUUUCUAUUGAUAGCUGUUUUUCAGAAGCAAUUUUAACAUUUUGAUAUGCAUUGUAAAAUUAUUGGAAAUGUGAUUAAAAAAAUAAAAUUAUUAUUGUUUAUUGUUACUAAGGUGUAAUAUUUGUAUGUAAAUAUAAGUAUAAAUGAUAUCCAUACAAGUAGACGUAUUGAUUUUCUUUUUAUUAUCUAGAUGAUAUUUUGUUUAUGAUAUCUACAAAAGUAGACAAAUAAAUCUUAUUCUUGGUUUUAUCUCAUGAAUAUUUUGUUCAGGAUAUCCACUGAAGUAGGCAAAACAAUAUUAUUCGUUGUGUUUAUUACAUACAUAUUUUGUUUAUUAUAUAACUUUCAUAAGAGUAGACGAAUCAAUCAUUUCAUUCAAGAUGUUAAGAUAGAUGAAAGUUUCUCACUUUUCAUUUUUCUUCGUAAGUCUACAAUCUAUUUGCACUGUGACAUGUUUUCCAAACCUACAUUGUGCAUUUUCUUGUCAUCUUGUAUUGACUAUAAAGUUAUCUUAUACUGAGAAUGAUAGAUACCUAUUAAUUAAUAUGGUGUGAUAUUUUUGAAAGAUGGUCGAUUUCUAGAUGACUGAAUUGAAUGUGUAUGUGUUAGGUUGUGAUAAUGAGAAAUAAAGUUUUUAAUUAAAAGACAA